AUAUUAUAUAUUUUUAUACAUUUUGGUUACUGUUCAUUAAGUGAAGUCUAAAUGUAUUUGCGUGGUAUUUAUAUACCAGUUAACCUAAUCACCCGCAUACCAAAAUCCCGGUAUUUAAAUACUGCACUUAUUCAGCGGAAGAAAACUAAAAUUAAAGAAAAUAAAAAAAAUAAUAAGCCGGAACGAUGCGAAAGUUGACCAGCUUCGUGUGCGGCACAGGAGCCGGACUGGCGGUUUACUACCUACAGCGGCUGCGAGACCCGCAGGCGACCGUGAACAAUUCAUGGACGAACAGUGAGAAGCCGGUGGAUCCGUGGGCUCUUUGGGACACCAACUGGGACUGCCGGGAGCCACGGGCCCUAGUGCGUCCAUUGCGAAACAGCCAGCCGGAGGAGGAGAACCGCUACAACGCGGAGUUGGAGAAGGCGAAGGCCAAGAAAGCGCGCCACAUUAUCCUAGUGCGGCACGGCGAGUAUCUGGACGUGGGUGAUUCGGAUGACACCCACCAUCUCACGGAGCGCGGCCGCAAACAGGCAGAGUUUACUGGAAAACGGCUCUGCGAGCUGGGCAUCAAGUGGGACAAGGUAGUAGCAUCCACAAUGGUGCGGGCCCAGGAGACAUCCGACAUUAUACUCAAGCAGAUCGAUUUCGAAAAAGAGAAGGUGGUGAACUGUGCCUUUCUGCGUGAGGGAGCGCCUAUUCCGCCCCAACCGCCAGUAGGCCACUGGAAGCCGGAGGCAUCUUUCCUCCGCGACGGAUCGCGCAUAGAGGCCGCCUUUCGUCGAUAUUUCUACCGCGCCUAUCCUGACCAAGAGAAGGAGAGCUAUACCCUGAUCGUAGGACACGGCAACGUGAUCCGGUACUUCGUCUGCCGAGCCCUGCAGUUCCCCGCCGAGGGUUGGCUGCGGAUCAGCAUUAACCACGCUUCCAUCACAUGGCUGACCAUUAGUCCGUCAGGCAACGUGUCCAUUAAGUAUCUGGGCGACUCCGGCUUUAUGCCUGCCGAGCUGCUUACCCAUCGCAUACCGCGUGACGCCAAAAACGUGGUUUAGCCGUCUGUUUAUAGAACUGCCCGAAGGAGAAACAAUCCAAGUGUAUUUAUUUCCUAUCCCUAAAGUAAACCCAUUGAGCUCACAUCGCGUAAUUGUGUAACCAGCAUGUACAUUAUUGCCGCACCGUAAGGUACCUCCUCUCUAAAGAAGGAAUCAUUGAAUCUUCCGACUGAAAUAAAGUUUUUAUAGAAUGCCUUA